UUUUUAAUUUUUAAUUUUAUCGUGCUCAUUGAUAUUCAUUUUUAAACAUAAAUGUGGAAUAUUCUGAAGAGCUCCAGUGCGCGAACAAACGGAAUUUAAUAUUUUGGGAUUUUUUUUUGGGGGUAAUUGUGCUGGGGGAGUCGGUGACUGGCUGUCGAUUGUGCACGAGGAAUUUUCAAAUAAAUCAACGGCACAAGUUCAAGGAGGAUUUUCACCUGUCGCGCGGGUUCGGUGUUAUGACUCGAGGAGAUUUCCUCGUCUACCUGUAAGGGAACUGGGAAUUUGGGAAUAAAUUCCGGGAUAAGGUGAACACAAGGGAUCUGAGGUAAUUGAUAAGAGAGGUAGGAGAAUGGAUAAGGAAACGCCAGAGAGUUCGAGGGAUCCUGAGCUCGCUGAGGCUGAGAACAUCGAUGAAGUCAGGGCGGCGCUCAAUCUCAUGUGCGCAUCGACAACCCCUAAGACAAAAGCACUGCCAGAAAGAGGAACAUGGAGCACCAAAUUAGAUUUUAUUCUCAGUGUUGUCGGCUUGGCAAUCGGUUUAGGAAACGUUUGGAGAUUUCCCUACCUCUGCUACAAAAACGGUGGCGGAGCAUUCCUGAUCCCCUAUUUCUUGGCCCUCAUACUCGCCGGAAUUCCCAUGUUCUUCAUGGAGCUUGCACUGGGUCAAAUGCUGACAAUCGGUGGUCUUGGUGUCUUCAAAAUAGCGCCACUAUUCAAGGGAAUCGGUUAUGCUGCUGCAGUGAUGUCAUGUUGGAUGAAUGUUUACUACAUCGUUAUCCUCGCAUGGGCCAUCUUCUAUUUCUUCAUCUCAAUGCGACGCACUUUGCCAUGGGGAUCAUGCGAUAAUCUGUGGAACACGAAAUACUGUGUGAAUCCGUACGACAGAAGUCGACUCCCCUGUUGGGACCACAUCACCAGGAAUAGCACAGUAAUCAAAAUGUGCUCAGUCAAUCACUUCAACAUUUCUGCAACAGAAUUGACGGAUCCUGUUAAAGAAUUCUGGGAACGCCGAGCCCUGCAAAUCAGUGGGGGAAUCGAACAAGUGGGAACAAUAAGAUGGGAACUUGCUGGUACUCUUCUGCUCGUAUGGAUUAUGUGCUACUUUUGCAUCUGGAAGGGUGUCAAAUGGACGGGAAAAGUCGUUUAUUUCACGUCCCUGUUCCCCUACGUGCUUUUAACGAUUCUCCUGAUACGCGGAAUUACUCUGCCAGGAGCUAUGGAGGGAAUUCGAUUCUACGUUAGCCCUAAUCUUUCCAAACUCAAAGAAUCUGAGGUUUGGAUCGACGCAGUCACCCAGAUUUUCUUCUCCUACGGACUCGGAUUGGGAACCCUGGUGGCUCUAGGAAGCUACAACAAAUUUUCGAACAAUGUUUAUAAAGACGCCUUAAUCGUUUGCUCAGUGAAUUCUUCCACCAGUAUGUUCGCUGGUUUUGUCAUAUUCUCGGUUGUCGGUUUCAUGGCUCAUGAGCAGCAGAAACCGGUGGCUGAGGUGGCAGCAUCGGGUCCUGGCCUAGCAUUCUUGGCUUAUCCAUCCGCUGUACUUCAGCUACCUGGUGCGCCACUGUGGUCUUGUCUGUUCUUCUUCAUGCUGCUGCUCAUUGGAUUGGACUCGCAGUUCUGCACUAUGGAGGGAUUCAUCACUGCCAUGGUGGACGAGUGGCCUCAGCUCCUCCGCAGGAGAAAAGAACUGUUCAUAGCAAUCGUUUGCGUGAUCUCGUAUCUGGUCGGUCUAUCCUGCAUAUCGGAAGGUGGAAUGUACGUCUUCCAAAUCCUCGAUUCCUACGCUGUAUCUGGCUUCUGUCUUCUAUUUCUCAUAUUUUUCGAGUGCAUUGCCAUCAGCUGGGCAUUUGGCGUUAAUCGAUUUUAUGAUGCUCUACGGGAUAUGAUAGGAUACUAUCCACUCGCUUGGUGGAAGUUCUGUUGGACAUUCACAACACCAAUGAUCUGUAUCGGAGUCUUUUUCUUCAAUCUCGUGCAAUGGACGCCGAUCAAGUACCUGGAUUACGAGUAUCCCUGGUGGUCUCAUGUUCUCGGAUGGUUCACGGCAUUAUCUUCCAUGCUCUGCAUACCUGGUUACAUGAUUUAUAAAUGGCAGACGACGCCCGGAACCACAGCUCAGAAAUUCAAGUUGCUCAUUAGAAUAGAAGACGAUGUGCCAAGUUUGCGAGUGAAAAUGGGCCUGCCAGCUGUAGAACUAGCGCCCCUAUAGACCCAUAAAAAUUUUUGUUUUCAAAUUUACCUAAUCAUUGUUUCAUAAACAAACAAAUGCGCGUUAAUUAUUCUCCGUGAUUGCUCACCCAUUGAUCCUUUCCACUCGCAGAUCGCCAUCAAUGAGCUCAAGUUGCCAUUGAUGAAUUCAAUGAGAAAUAAUAUUGAAAGGAUCACAAACGCGAUUACUUACUGGCCUUAGAUGACUAGUAUAAAUAACUGUAGGUUCGAAGGUGUUCAAUGAAUGAUUGAGCGCGAUCGCAUUUCGAUUAGAGGCGGUGGAAAUAAUGAUUGAAAAAAAUUGAAUCUUAGUCGUUGCCUGAGUCUAGAGCAUUCCGUGGUUCGCGUUAAGUGGUAGUGGUAUGAAAUAAUGCCCCGAGAAAUUAGUUUCAAGUGGUAAUGACGUACAAAUAGAACGACAGAAGUUAAAAAUAUCAUAUUAAUGCCAUAUAUAAAUUAUUGUCGAUCAUUGCCCUCUGUUAUUUAUAAAUAAUUGUGUAUAUGUUAAAUUAAUCGCGAUGUAACUAGAUACCUUAGUCACAACUAUUAAUUUUUUUUCUCCGAAUAUCUUCGAUUAUUUGUAUUUUUAUCAUUUCGUACAUGUCUUGAUUUUUUUAAAUCGCAAUAACAAAUGUUUUUUUUUGUGUAAUCUGAAUGUAUUGGAAUUUUAGUUAAUGAGUCAAUACGCAUCAUCAUUGUGUACCAAAAAAUUAAAUAAAUACAGUUUAAUGGAAAA